AUGGGGACAAACAACUUAGUUCCAGUUAGAGCACUUGUUGAAGUAGAUGACAUCUCUAAAAUCGAUUGGUGUGCAUAUUUAUUGUACUGUGUGAAAAAUUCAAAAGGGAGAUGGCAUCCAGACAACCCCAAGUGUUAUUAUAUAGGCCCGAUGUUGUUGCUAUUGCUAAUUUACUGUGAUGAAAUUGAAUGCAAGCUCCAAAAAAUAGAACGUAAAACACCAUUAGUUACGAUGUGGACAGCAGAUAAGUUGAAGGAAAGACAAUCUUUUGAGAUUGAAGCUGGUGGAUUUGGGGUUGGGAAUCUAAUUGAAGAAAGUUCAAAUUUAGAACUUGAGAAGAAUGAAAAUCAGGACAUGCGUAUUGAGGAGUAUGAAGAAAAGUAUGAAAAAAUUUUCAACAAUGUCUCAACUGAAAAGAAUGAUAUGGAAGAUAUUAUUUUUCAUUGUCUAUCGAAGUUCCCUGAAGACAAUAAAACGAAGGAGAUGAUAAGAAAGUUUAGAGACAUAUUUUCAACUACACUUUUUUCUAGUCGAGAGAAAUCAGAAACUAUUAAGGAGAGAACUGAAGUCAAAUCAGAUAGAGAUGAAGAGCUUAAUAAAACAAACAUUUCUGAUUCUGAUGAUGAUAAAGAUGAAGGAAUGAAUACAAAGUUGGUUGCAUUUUUAGCUGUUAAACCAUUACAACAGAAGUUUCCAGAGAAUGAAGAAACACAAGAAGAAGAUCAAGAUAUGAAUGUUGAUGACCGAACAAAUUUGGGUUUUGAGAAUAAUAUUGGCGAGGAAACGAUUAGACAUCCGCAUAAUCCAGAAAGACAAAUAGAAUUUGAAGGCAUAAAUGUUGAUGACAAAAUAAAUUUGGCUUCAAAGGUGAAUAAUAUAGACGAGACUAUUGAAAAAAAGAAUUUAGAAGACAAUGUUGAGAGCAAAAAUCUUGUUAAAGGUGGUGAAAUUAUUGGUGUGGAGAAUAUUAGGGAGGGGAAUAUUGUAGAGAAGGUGGUUGGAGACAACAUAGGUGAGAGCUCAAUUGUUACACCAAAACACAAUCCAAAAGAAACUGGUGAUAAUUCUGAGGGUAGUGAUGAAGAUGGAGAAUUAGAAGGGAAUGAAGAGCAUAUUUUAGAUGAGAAAGGGAAAAAGGGUCAGAAUGUGAAUGCAAGAGGGAAAAGGAAGGUGACUAAUCCAGAUAUUUUUAGAUCACCUUUUGUGAAUAGGGUAAUUGACUUAAGUGAAAAAGUCAGUACUGAGCAAGAGAUAAUGGCGCAAAUCAUGUUUAGAUGCGUUGCAGACAAAGAUCCAAUGGAAAUGCUGUUUGAAACUGAGUCUGGAGACAUAAUGGAUAGGGUGCAUUUUGAGGGUAUGCGUCCAAAUCAUAAGAUACAUCCUUUCGUUAUUGAUUGUUGGGCUGUUGUUCUUAAUUUUGAAGAAGAAAACCUGAGAAACAAAAAAUCACCACCACGUGUCUUCUUCAACACUCAAAUUAUGACAGAAAAAUUACUGGAUUCUUCAAUACCUUUUGUUGAAAGAUCCCGACUUUUUGAUGAGGCUGUAAACAAUUACUUAUAUGACAUCAAAAGAAAAGUGGAUUUCAAUUCUAUUAAUCUGGUGUUUUUUCCAAUACACAACCGUGGUCAUUUUUAUUGUAUUCUUUUCAACCUUACAAAUCCAGAACAUAUAAUCAUUGACAACAUAAGAUACACCAAAAAAGUAGAAGAUGUCUAUGGAGAGAUUCCUAAACUUGUGCAAAUGUACUUUUCAAAGUUUUUGGACAACAAUCGGCGGGAUAAGGUUUCUUUGUUUAAAUCUAUGAAGCCAAAGAAAAUGAAAAUGGCAUGGCAAACAAAAACUAAGACAAAUGAUGAUGGUAUAUUUUUGAUGAGGCAUAUGGAAAAAUACAUGGGUGAGAAAGAAGAAAAAUGGGAUGUGGAACUGGGAGAAGAAAGUGUUAGGACAUCUAAAAAAAUUGCAAAGUUGCGUACAUUUUAUGUUUCUAAGCUAGCAAACCAUCAAAUCAACAAGCAGAGAAAAUUGAAUGUUACAGAAGCAUUGGAAUUUUCAAAACUUGAUAAGAAAACUAGGUGUAUGUUGGUGAAAGAAGGCAGUGAAGCAAGAGACAAUUUGGAAAUGAAGAAAGUUUGA